AUGAAGAAAAAAAAAAAGCAGAAUAAAAAAGAAAAAUAUAUAAAUAAAAUAAAAAGCUAAUUAAUUAAUAAAUUAAAAGAAUUCAAUUUUUUUUAAAUUUGUUUUAAAACCAAACAAUAUUAUAAUUCAAAAUAAAUAAAUUAUUUUUAUUUAAAAUUAAGCACUAAAUUUGAGAUAUUAGUGUAAUUUGCUAAAGCAAAUCCUAAACUUAAUGCACUCUGGUCACCAAUUUAAUUAGACCUUUUUAAAUAUAGAAGAAAAAAUAUAAAAUAAUUAAUUAAUUUUUUUAUUUAAUUAAAAGGCAAAAAUAAAGAAACAAUAUGA